AGGCGACACGAUAUUGAAGUAGAACAGGGCUUCAAGUAUGCGCCUCUCAAUGAGCCAUUUCAAACUCGUGUUCUUAUCUUACAUCCUGGAGACGAGGACCAGCUAGUUGAGUGCAGCUUGAUAAGAGCAACUUUGCAUAGAGAGCCUAUGCAUUCCGAAUAUCCCGGGAGCUUCUCUGGAGUCGGAAUCGAGAAGAGUUCCAAGUCCCACCUUUGGCUACCUGCUUGGGAAGGCCACCAUGACAUAACAACCUACGAGGCCGUUUCGUAUGCUUGGGGUGAUCUAACAGUCCCAAAGCUGAUCCAGUGCGAUGGGCAACCAAGGGUAAUUUCGCUGAAUCUAUAUCAAGCCCUACACUCAUUUCGUCACGUUUACGAGCCUCGAAUUCUCUGGGUGGAUGCCCUGUGUAUCAAUCAAGCUGAUAACUUGGAGAAAGCGCACCAAGUUAGCAUUAUGGGAGAAAUAUAUGCGGGUGCGCGCCGCGUACUGAUAUGGCUUGGCUGUGGCAGUGACCUAGAGAAAGCCUUUGGGCUAUUGAUGAGAGGUCAGCUAUCUCAACUGAACUUGAUUCAACAUCUUAUGUCUGCGCCAUGGUUCAGUCGGGUUUGGUGCGUUCAGGAGCUGGCGCGCGCAGCCGACCCUGUUGUGACUGUGGGCAAACGAAUGGCCCCUUGGGACCUAUACGUACGCCAAAGUCGAUUAGCGUUGAAAGAAAUCAAGGGAAAAGCCAAGACUAAUCAGGACGGUUAUCUCGACCAUGCAGAAAUUUUGGACGAUAUUCGCAGUCGCUACGAGAACGUCCAAAAAAGGCGAUUCAAGCAGCCUGGACGAAGACAGAGUUACUCGAGUGCUUGGAAGGCCGGUGGAGCAAGCUUGGUGGAGCUUCUCUUUCUCACUAGAGACUUCAAAGCCACUGAUCCCAGAGAUAAGAUAUUUGCGCUCGUUGGCAUAGCAAGCGAUGUUCAGGAGCAGGACGUAGAAGUCUUCCCGCGGUACGAUCUGUCCACAGAUGUUGUCUACCGUCAGCUUGUCCUCUGGUAUCUCAUUCGGAAACGGAAUUUUGGCAUCUUCUCUUUCGGAGGAGGUCGCACUCCACUGAGUGAAACUCACAUGGAUGACCUACCCAGCUGGGUUCCCGAUCUUACACAGCCAAAUGCAUUCACGCCUUUCCAGAAGUUGCCCCAUGGUUACAACUACAGCAAGGAUAACUUCUACAAUGUUUUCAACUACCUGGAGGAAUGGCUUACAAUGCUGAAAGCCAACGAGGACAGUCGCAUUGAAAAGCUGCAGUUCUUUCACACUGACGUUCACAACCCUACUGGAGAGACCGAUCUCUGCUGGCCAAACUACCGCCGAUCAAAGUCUCUCAUGCGGGAAAUGUACUUCACUUGA